CUGGCGGGUCGGGGGCAGGUGGCUGCUCCUGGGACAAGGUCCUGCAGCGCUCACAUCAGCCCCAGUCCCCUGUCCCUGCUGUGCACUCCAGCACCUCUGGACACCCCAGCAACUCAGCUCAGCUCCGGGGAGAGGGAAGGAGCACGCAGGCCGCGCUGAGAAGUCCUAAUCAAGCUUCUCCAGCCCCACUGUGUCACCUACUCCUUGGCAGUGGUCAGCAGCCUCUUGUAGAAGCCCUGGAAGAAGCCUUUUGCCACAGUCCUGCUCAAUUUGCUGAAGAAGGGCCAUGUCUGCCUUUGAUCAGAGGAACCAGAGCAUGCAGCACACAGAGCCUGGGACAGACUGCAUCACGCCUCAGGUGAAGCCAAGGGGUGAGAUGUUCGUCUUUAUUGAUGGGAAAUGGGUGAAUGACCAUUGGUGCCAGCCACCCUUUUCUUCACACCAGAAACUCUUCAGCAAGAAGGCACAGAAUGAGUGGAGCAUCUGGGAGGAGAACAGAGCACUCUGGCAAGAAAACCAAAUCCUAUGGAUCAAAAACAGGAUGCUCUGGGAAGAAAACAAGGCCCUACAGUAUCUUCAGUCACAGAACAAAUCUGUCCAGGUAAUUUACACUGAUGCUAUUCAGAGAAGCCUCAAGAAGAAAAAUAAACCUUUUCCACUCUUCCAAGAGAGGAAUACAGGCUUUCAGCUCAGCCUGGGCAGCAAAGCUCUCCAGGCAGUCCAGGAAAAGAAUAAAAUAUUUGAAGAUUUCCAGCAGGAGAAUAAAGCACUCCCUGUUACCUGGAAAGGCCCAAAAGCCAUCACAGUCCAUGAAGAGAGCAAAGAUGCCCGCUCAGAUCUUCAGAACACCAUUGACACCAUUGCAGCUGUGGAAAAGAUUAACCCUGGCCCAGUCCCCCAGCAGGAAUGUGAAGGUAAAAGGAAAAGCACUACUCCAACUCAGAACAAGAUUCACUCUGCCCCAAGUACACCAGGAGAGCAUGAAGUUCUCAGAGUUCUCCAGGAGUUACGUGAGCUCCUCCACACCUUCCUUAAAACGAGCCAUCCUCCUGGGGAGAAACAGUGCUGUCACAACCUCUAUGAUGUGAACAGAUCCUUCCAAGAAGAUUACAGCAAGCUGAAGCUGCAGCUGAAGGCUGUGAAAAACACUGUGUCAGACAUUACAGCUCAAAUGGACAUGCUGGAAAAGGAGAUAAAUGCCAUCACUACCCCAGUGUAUGAGGAAGCAGGACAGAAGCUGGCAACUGAGCAUCAGCUUGGAGAUGUGUGAAGCUUGGGACUUAGAACUGCUAGUUCAUUUCCCAGAAAACUUCUCUCCUUUUUUCAGGAAACCUACUAAAAUCCCAAUACAGCCUGUAGAUAUCUGGGAACACCGUGUCCUUCUGAAACUUUCUUGCACUA